AUGGACUAUCUCUCACUGAGAAACCGCUUCCAUGACUGCAUCUCCCGAGAGAGAAUCGUAUUCUACCUCCUCCAUCACUGUGUUCUGCUCCCUGAGGCGGGCCUUUACGUCACUCUCGAAAUGGCCCACGUAACCGAUGUCCCCCUAAGCUGUUGGAUCAUGCCCGCACAUCUGCCGCGUUUUGUCAUUCCGCAAUGUGUCGACUUUUUACCGAUCAAGUGUGCUGACAUGGAGAGUCCUUCCACUGCUGGCCUCGCAUCGGGGUGGACGCGGGAUCAGGCCCCAGAGACUGUAGGGGAUGUGGUUGCUGAAGGAACCCGUCGUCGCAGCUCACCUCCAAUUCCGAAAUACCUAGCAGGUUGCAUGCGACGGACAAAUCUCACACUAAGGCUCUAG